CAAACCCAAUGGAUUUGAAUUAAAACCCUAAUUUUCUCCCUUCCUUGUCGCCACCUCUAUUUCAUGCUCUUUUAUUUUAUAUAUAUAUCCCUUUUUCUCUCUAUUAAGCAAGAAACUGUUGAGAAGAUAUCUCUCUAAACUCACAAGAAAAGCAAAGAAGAACGAAACCAACUCAACAGGAAAAUUUUCAUGGCAGUUGAAGCACGGCGUAUGAAUCUUCUACCUUCUCAGUUCAUCAUCCCCAACAACAGAGAUUUCAUCAAACAGAAUCAAGGAAUUGUUGAUAUCUGUAAUAAUCAUAAUAAAACGAACACCCAGAUGGCUCCGGCGACGGAGACGCCCGGAUUAUUGCCUUACGCGGCGCUUCCACCGGAGACUGUGAAUAAUUUUGCGAUGUACGAUUGGGGAAAAGCAGAGAGUGGACUGACAUCGAAUAACUUCCCGACGGUCGCUCCGAGCCGGAAGCGAACGAGACGAUCGGUUUAUGAUGAACCGGGGGGUUCAUUCCCUGGGAGGCUAUUGGAUGAAGAAAUCAUCAACUCCCACAUUCAGCAACAACAGAGUGAAAUCGAUCGGUUCAUUGCAAUCCAUAGGGAGAAGGUGAGAAUGGAAAUGGAGGUAAGGAAGAAACGGGAAUCAGGAAUGUUGGUGAGGGCAAUAGAGGAAAGGGUAGUGAAGAAAUUGAAGGAAAAAGAAGAAGAAAUAGAAAGAAUGGGGAAAUUGAAUUGGGUAUUGCAAGAGAGAGUGAAACGGCUGUGUAUAGAGAAUCAAGUAUGGAGGGAUUUGGCAGAGAGCAAUGAAGCCACCGUCAAUUCUUUAAGGAGCAAUUUGGAGCAGGUGAUGUUGGCCGCCAAUAAUAACGUUGUUGCAGCGGCGGAGGAGGCAGAGUCGAGCUGUGGGAGUACAAGUGAUUGUGGAAGGAGGGGGGCGGAAGAGGAGGAGGAGAGCGGCGGCGGUGGUGGUGCCGGAGGAGGGCGGUGCCGGAAAUGUGGGGCGGGGGAAUCGAGGGUAUUGGUAUUGCCAUGCAGGCAUCUUUGUUUGUGUACAAUGUGUGGGUCCACACUUCACACUUGCCCUGUAUGUAAUUCUGCCAUUAAUGCCAGCGUCCAUGUUAAUUUUUCUUAGAAUUCAUAUCUCAACUACAAAAACAAACAAACACAAUUCUUUUC